GUUUUCUUUGAAGGAUUGAGCUGACGAGCAUGCACUUCUCACACCCUGGCUUCUCAGUUUAAACAAGUCAGAGGAGGCGAAAAGGAAGCAGACGCAUCCCUGUCAAGUAGGAGUGGUAGCCUUUAGUCUGCCCGGUCAUCGCGUCAAACCAAGUCGAUCCCCGUCCACCGCGCACGCCGCGCCCGCACAGCGCGUGCAUGGGCGACCCGGCGCCGCCCGCGUGGAUGGCCGCCGCGGCCCGCAAGUGGCUCGAGGACGCCGGCGCCAUCGGGGAGGACAGCCCCGGCGCCGGCGCCGCCCACGGCCGCAAGGCGUUCAACGCGCUGCCGCUGUUCGGCGUGCGCGUGUCCCUCGCCGAGCGCGGCCGCGCCGUCUGCUCGCUCCGCGUGCCCGCCCACCUCACGGACGCGGACGGGAACUGGCACGCGGGGGCUAUCGCGGCGGCGGUGGACGACGUCUGCGCGGCGGCGAUCAUGUCGGUGGAGGGCAUCAUCAAGGUCUCCGUCCACUACGACAUCUCCUACUUCGCGCCGGCCAAGCAGCAUGAGGAAGUAGAGAUGGACGGGAGGGUGGUCGAUCAGAAAGGGAGGAUGACGGCGGUGACGACGGAGGUCCGGAAGAAGGAGUCCGGCGAGCUGGUGGCGAUCGGCCGGCAGUGGAUGACCACCUCCAGACCAAAGGGAUAUCAAGGAAGCAAGCUAUGAUACAACAACGAUGAGGACACUAUCUGUCCAAAUUCAUUGAUUAACUGACAAUGUUAAAUGAGUGGAGAUCACCUCCAGUCCAAAGGGAUUUCAAGGAAGCUGCGUUGGGCAUUU